AUGGCGAACUGCUGUGGUCUGCUAACCUGCCAGAAGGAACCAGUUCCUCUGAAGAGUGUGGAGGUGGAGCUGGAGGUGAGGGACCAUGUAGCUACAGUGGUCUCCACUCUGAGCUACGAGACCGAGGAAGACAAACCAAUAGAGGCUGUUUUUGUCUUCCCUCUGCCUGGAGAUGCUGCCGUCUGUCAUUUCAGUGCUAAGACUGGACAGACAGAGAUUGUAGCUGAGGUGAAGGAGAAACAGGAGGCUCGUGACGAGUAUGAUGACGUUCUGAGCUCCGGUCAGCAGGCCUACCUGUUGGAGGAGAGUGAGCAGAGUCCAGAUGUAUUCUCUCUAUGUGUGGGCAGUCUGCCUCCAGGAGAGAGCGCCUCCAUCAGGCUGGAGUACGUCACUGAGCUGGCUGUGCAGGCCGAUGAUGGGCUGAGGUUUUGUCUGCCUGCCGUGCUCAACCCUCGCUACCAACCUCAGGGUAGUGAAGGUGGCAGUGUGCAGGUGACCUCUGUUCCAGCCUCUCUGGUGCCCUACAAUCUGUCUUUCUCUGCCCGACUGUCCUCUCCUCGUCCAGUCUCUAAAGUAGAGUCCAACUGUCCCCUGGACCGUCUCCAGUACCUCAACACAGAGCAAACCCGGGCCACGGUCAAGCUGGCUGCAGGACACAAGUUUGACAGAGAUGUUGAGCUGCUGAUUUAUUACAAAGACGCCCACCGGCCCAUUGCUGUGGUGGAGGCAGGACAGGCCUCUGCCAAGCCUGGCACUCUGAUGGGUGAUCCAGUAGUGAUGCUGAGCCUGUACCCCGAGAUCCCUCAGGCUGAGAUAUCUUCAGUCUCCUCAUGUGGAGAGUUUGUGUUCUUACUGGAUCGAUCUGGCAGUAUGGCGGAUCGCAUCGGCAAUGCCAAGGAUACUCUGCUGCUCCUGCUGAAGAGCUUACCAAUGGGCUGCUAUUUCAACAUCUACAGUUUUGGGAGCAGCUAUGAACACAUAUUCCCUAAGAGUGUGGAGUACAGUGAGAAGACCAUGAAAAAGGCUCUGAAGACAGUUAAAAUGAUGAGCGCUGAUCUGGGAGGAACAGACAUCCUUGAGGCCCUCCAACACAUUUACAGCCAGUCCUGCAUUCCCAGUCAACCUAGACAACUUUGUGUCUUUACCGAUGGAGAGGUUUUCAACACCAAAGGAGUUUUAGAUCUGGUGAAGAAGAAUUCAGGUUCCCACAGGUGUUUCUCUUUUGGGAUCGGGCAAGGGGCAAGCUCUGCUCUUAUCAACGGGUUGGCCAAGGAAGGCGGAGGUCACGCUCAGUUCAUCACAGGCAACGACAGGAUGCAACCCAAAGUGAUACAGUCGCUGCUUUUUGCUCUGCAACCAGCUGUGGUGGACAUCUCAGUGAAUUGGGAUUUGCCAAAGGAAGUUUCUGUCACCGUACUCUCUCCACCGAUCACCACGCUUUUUCAGGGUCACAGGUCACUGGUUUAUGCCCAGCUCACUGGACAGUUUUCAGAGGCAGCAGCGGCCUGUGUGACGGUGAAGUACAGCAUGGCAGGUCAUCCCUUUCAGAACCAGCUCCAUUUCAGUCUCAGACCUGCAGAGGACACUGGCAGAUUAACAGUCCACAGGUUGGCUGCUCGGACUCUGAUUCGCUCCCUGGAGAUGGAGGAGAGAGUGUGCAGAGGAAAGGAAGAUGGAGGAGUGAAGGAGGUGGUGGAGCUCAGUGUCCAAUCAGGAGUGAGCAGUGCCUUUACUGCCUUCAUUGCCGUCAACAAAGACAACGGCGAGGUGAUUCGAGGACCUCUGGUGCGCAGAAAUGUUCCAACAUGCGGUGAGGUGUUCUGUUGUGAAAUUAUGUUUUGCUGUGUCGACAUGACAGAAGAAUGUACGGAUAGCCAACCUAGGGAUGACAGCUGCAAUGUGUUCUUCUCUGCGAGCCAACCUACGAAGGGCAGAUGGAAGAGGUUCUUCUCUGCUCAGAUAAAGAAGCUACAUGCCUUUUGGAAACCACAGACGAAGUCUAUGGACCAGCCUCCACAGUACAAGUCUGACGAUGGUUCCAGUGGAAGUGUCAAUUCAGGGUUGGAUGUCUCUCCAAGUAGCCUGCUGGAUGGAUGCUCCUUGCACAAACAGCCACCCAAAGCCCCUUUUCAGCAUUUGGUCUCCCUCCAGAAGGGAUCUGGCUGCUGGGUGCUGGAUUCAGCUCUGGCUGCUGCACUGGGAAAGACCAGCGGGGAGGUGGAAAACGCCAAGCCUGCAUCGGUCAACAAGGAAGUGUGGGGCACCAUUCUGGCUGUAAUCUGGCUUCAUGGCUUUGAGAUGGAUGCUCAGGAAGAAUGGCAGCUUCUCGCUAUGAAGGCUGUGUCAUGGCUCCGUGCUCAGAAUGCAUGCGUGACAAAGUGUGUGGAAGCAGGAAAUGCUCUGCUUGGUUCCAACGUGCAGAGAGAUGCUCUGGGACUCUGA